GUCAUAAUUAAGGAUCAUUACUACUUUAAACCGUCUAUCCCUAGAAAUUGUCCUUGACCCUACGAGAGCUGCCGCUUGAAGUCAUUAGUACAAUUGAACUCGCACCCUUUGUGAGUUAUUGGCCCCUGUGUUUGUGAAAAAAAGAAUCCUCUCUGUCUUUUGUCUCCCAGAAGAGUGAAAAAUAUAUUUAUUUAGUUGAAAUGAGUCCAUCUGCUAAGUAUGAUGGUACUAGUGAAUGUGUUAAUGAAAAAGUUAACUCUCACUAUCAUCCUAAUUAUCAAAACUCAAACUUAAAAUCGAUUGUCAAUACUAAAAAAUCUAGUUCAGAAUUAAUUGCUCAAGCAUUAAUUAAUCAUAUUUCUGAUAUUGAUCAUGAAGUUUGUGAAGCUGGUGAAGAAGAUUCAUUUUUUGUAUGUGAUUUAGGUCAAGUUUAUAAAUCAUUUCAAAUUUGGAAACAAAAUUUACCUCAAGUUCAUCCCCAUUAUGCUGUUAAAUGUAAUACAGAUAUUGAAGUUAUUAAAUUAUUAGAACAAUUAGGUGCUAAUUUUGAUUGUGCAUCUAAGAAUGAAAUUGAUACUAUUCUUAAUCUUGGAGUUUCUCCUGAUAGAAUUGUCUAUGCUAAUCCAUGUAAGACUAAUUCUUUUAUUAGACAUGCUAAAACUUCCAAUGUUAAUUUAACUACAGUUGAUAAUUGUCAAGAAUUACAUAAAUUACUGAAAUUUCAUCCUGAAUGUGGUAUUUUAAUUAGAAUUGCAACUGAUGAUGAAACUGCUCAAUGUAGAUUAUCAACUAAAUUUGGUUGUAGUAUUGAUUCUGCUAUUAAUGAAUUAUUACCUUUAGCUAAUGAAUUAGGACUUAAAGUUAGAGGUGUUGCCUUUCAUGUAGGAUCAGGAGCUAAAGAUUUUGAUUCUAUUAAUAAAGCAGUUAAAGAUGCUCGUAUUAUAUUUAAUAAAGGUAUUGAACAAUACGGUUAUGGAGAUUCAAUGAAUAUAUUAGAUAUUGGAGGAGGAUUUGAAUUAGAAACUUUUGAACAAUCUUCAUUAGUUGUUAAAUCUUCAUUACAAGAAUUCUUUCCACAAACAUUUAUUGAAAAAUAUGCCAUUAAAUUUAUUGCUGAGCCCGGUAGAUUUAUGGUAUCAAAUGCAUUUACAUUAGCAACUCAUGUAAUUGCAAGAAGAGAUAUUCCUCAAUCAAUUAGUGAAGAUAUUACUGCCAUGAUUUAUAUUAAUGAUGGAGUAUAUGGGAAUAUGAAUUGUAUCUUAUUUGAUCAUCAACAUCCUCAAGCAUUUGUAUUGAAACACAAAGAUACUUUCCAUUAUCAAGAACAGAAAAUUGUUAACGAUGCAACAAAGGGCAAGCAUAAGUUUUCAAUUUGGGGACCAACAUGUGAUGGUUUAGAUUGUGUAUCAACUCAAACUCAAUUAGAUUAUGAUGUUCAAGUAGGAGAUUGGAUUUAUUUCCCUAAUUUAGGGGCCUACACUUCUGCUGCAACAACAUCAUUUAAUGGGUUUAAAGAUAAGGCUCAUAUCAUUUAUGUUUCUUCUGAAACUAUUGCUACUAAAUGAUACUUUUACAAUAUAGGUUAGUCGUGUAGCAACGUAUAAUGAAAAAUAUACAUAAUAUACAUUUAACUAUGUACAAUACAUUUAACUAUGUACAAUACAUUUAACUAUGUACAAUACAUUUAACUAUGUACAAUACAUUUAACUAUGUACAAUAC